AUGUGCAAUUCUUUCGUAGAGUCGUACGGCUGGGCCUUUCUGCCAGAUUUGCUAUUGAAAGAAAUUUUCUCACAAUUACCUAUUAAAAAUUUGGGACGCUGUUCUCAGGUAUGUCUGAAUUGGCAUCGUAUAAGUCAACAAGAUUACGCUUGGCGGCGAUUUCAGUAUAAGGAUAAAAUGUUCACACGACGUAAAUACACAUCACAUGCAGGAUGGCAAUAUAUGAUUGAUCACUGGAAGUUGAGAUUUCUAAUAGUGAAUGCGACAGCGAAAUGGAAAGUACUGGAAAUUGAACCGGUAACAAUUCUUUUUAAUUUAUACGAAUUCAUCCGGGUUUUAACCAAUUUUUCGGAAUACUACGAGAGGAACUCGUCUGAAAAGCCGCUCCAAGGAAUACGAUCAUUUUCAUUCAAAUGGCAACUCCAUGUACAUAUAAGGGGUGAAGAUCAAACUGAGAGGGUAUUUGGAACAGGUGGUGAGAUGUUGAAAACGUUAUCGUUGCUAUUGUCACAUUUGCAUGGGCUAACUGAAUUAUCACUCCGGGAACUUCAGCUGGAACCAUACGAAUGCAAUGAUUUCAUUGAUGACGUACAGAAAAUUAUUAUUCUGUACAAAUUUGAUUCACAACUCACAUCACUGUGCAUCAUAAAUUUAACGAAAGUGUACAGGCCAUUUCUGCAGCUCGGAUUAUUUCUGUUCUUAGAACAUUUAACUGUCUCACCACAACAUCUCGAUGAAUCAAUAGUGACACUUCUGGCUGACUUGAGACAUCUCAAAUCACUAAUUAUUUUGCAGAACGAUAAAACAUUUGGAGCGAAAGCUGUGGAUUCAAAAGCGUGGCUGUCUUUUGCAGAACGGAACAAUCACACGCGAAUUCAUUUGAUUCAAGCAGGAAAACGACAAAAUGAAUUGCUGAUCCAACCUAAGGCACCAGUCUAUGCUAUUAUAUUUGACAAAUCCACUGGGCAGCUUACCGGUGAAUUGACGCAAGAGAUUUGCCGCAACUAUUCAACAACAUUGCAAUUUUUUCUCCAGAAGGGUCUUGAACGUCGGUAUCGUUCCAGAGAAUUCACGAAGCGAGUUGAUGUUUUUGCUAUCGAGCUUGCGCUUAGAUGCCCUAAUCUAAAACUAUUAGCAAUACGAGAAAGGAUGUGUUUUGCAAGCGCAUUGUUGCUCGCCCAAAUUGCUCGAUCACAUCAGAUGACAAUUUGUUUGAGGCGCAACGCACUGCUAAAAAGAGUAAAUUGGGUUGAUGAUGCUGUGAGAAGUAUUCUGGGCUCAGGCAGCAAUCAGAAAUGGAUCAAAGAUCAUUGUGGAAGUUUUGAAAUACUAGAAAGAACAAUUCGAAAUAUAACGGGAACUGCAGCCGCGAUCGUUACGGAUAACAGAUAUUUGUAUAGCUUCUAA